UAUUUAUUAUCAGCAGCCGUAAGUAAAGGAUUAUCAUUUACAAAUUUAUACAAAUUAUUAUUUAAAUUGAAUUCUACCACAAGUCUUCACGAUGGUCUAGCUCAUGAAUUCACUUUGGACGCAAUUGUUGAGCCGCCUAGUAAAACGGAUAUAAAAGUUAUUAUACAUGGAUUUUUGGGUAAUCGUUUUCAUAAUUCGAUUAGACCUUUAAGAAAUGCAUAUAUGGCCCAAGGUAAGGAAAAUGUGUUUUUAGUCGAUUGGGAAAAUGCAGCCAACUUAGAUUAUCCCAGUUCAAGAUGGGCAGUAGGAAAAAUUGCAAUUUUUCUUGGAAAAUUAUUGGAAAACUAUUUAAACAAACACGAAAUACCGCUAUCCGAAGUUCAUAUAAUAGGACACAGUUUAGGUGCCCAUAUUGCCGGCAAUAUGGGACGUUAUUUUAAUGGCUCUAUAGGUCGUAUAACUGGUUUAGAUCCUGCUCUACCUCUAUUCACGCCUAAUGCAGGCGAUAGUUUACACGCGAAUGCCGCUUUAUUUGUUGAUGUUAUACAUACUGACUUCCCGGUAUUUGGUGAUAAUACACCACGAGGUACAGUGGAUUUUUAUCCAAAUUAUGGUCAUACCCCACAGAAAGGUUGUGAUGAUGUUGAUAUUAUUAGUGCCAGUAAGUUAAUAUUUGAGGCUUAUAGUUGUAGCCAUAAUAGAGCUGUUAUAUUGUAUGCUGAAUCAAUUACUUUGCCACACAAUUUUCCAGCUAUACCUUGUUCUUUAAUGGCCAUAAGUAUGCAUUCUUCGGACAAGUGUUUACAAACGAUAAAGGAUAGUAGCGUGACCAAAUCUUCGUUGACAGAAGCUAUUGCUGCUAAAAAUGAUGCACUUAUAGCCUAUAUGGGCGAAGGAGUUUCUAGAAGCGCCUCUGGUUCUUACUAUUUGGAAACUUAUGAUGCGCCACCUUACGGCAUGGCUUUGUACACACAACUCAAUUGACUGUAUAUAUUAAUGUAAUUUUAUAGUGUUGGUUGGUGGCUUCGCUAGAAGAAAACAAAUUGGUGUUUCUAGACUACUGUAAAAAUUUAAGAAAUUAAUUCUACUCCUAAAGAUAUACUUUUGAGCAGGCUAUAAACUAGUAUUAUUUCUUAGUUCAGCCACAAACACUUACUUUAUAUUAACCCUUGUUAAACCUAGAGGUAAAGUUGGAAUUGUGAUUUUUUAAAGAUUAAUUUAACGAAUAAAAGUUUAUUUUAUAAUUUCAAAGAAUGUAAAAAAAAUGUUAAUAAACAAAUUCUUAGUCCUAUAUUACUAUUUAGUGGACCAAGAUUUAUGUGAUUAGUGUGGACCGAUUGUUGGAUAUAUAUAGAAAUCCAUGGGUUAUGGUAAUUUUGCUUUUGUAGCUUCCCUUUAUACUGAAGGUGCUUUUAAUAAGGUUAAACCCACUGAAUCUAUCAAUCUCUCUCUUGAGUCUUGGCAGAUAUAUUGUGAGUUUUAUUGAGAGUUUACUUUCAAAUGGGAUCAUUGAAUCAUCUCCAAAAGACAU